UCGACCAUUUUCUGUCAAACGAUUCGCCGAAACUGUCAGUUUUUUCGACUCGCGUGGACCGUCCAAAUUCACGUGAUGCUCGUGACAAUCGCGAAGAAUUAUCGGCUUCGCGGUAUCAAAACUCGAAAUCGCCAUGGAAGUCGCAAGAUUACACAAAUACUACAGAUCCUAUAAUUCUGGUCCUCAAUGGCUGUUAUACCAGUAUCUGCUGGCGGAUACUAAGCUGAGGCUCAUGUUUAAUUUGGGUCCGCAAUGCGGGAUCGUUACGUUCGUUACCUUGCUCAUGAUGUUCAUCUUAUUCAUUUUCAUGUAUCGAUCCCAGGGUGCAAAAGCGAUCGUCUCGAAUCAAAAAGUCUUCCUGGAAUUACAAAAAGAAGCGGACAAGAAAAUUCCGCGGAAGAAAAGCAUGGCGGACAUCAGACCGAUCUACAAUUGCAUUCAUAAGCACUUGCAGCAGACCGAUGUGUUCCAGGAGAAGACGAAGAAAAUGCUCUGCAAGGAACGCCUGGAGUUGGAGAUUCUGAGCAGCAGAAUAAACUGUAUCAACAAACUGUUGAAACCUGAGGCGCAGACUGAAUGGCGGCGGAGCAGGUUACGAAAAGUGUAUUAUCGUCCCAUUAACUCGGCCGCGUCGAAGUAA